AUGCACGUUCGGGCAGUUGGAGGUGGUUUCAGCGACAGCUUCGGUGUCAACGGCAGUGGGCGUGGCUUCUCCGCGGCGCGCACCAAGGGCCCUGCAUCUGUUCUGGGCGAAAACAGCAAUCGAACGGCGAGCAUGAGCAGAGGCAAUGAAGCUAACUGCGGUGACUGCCGGGCAAACGUGCACGCUCCACGCCCUACUACCCUCUACGCCGCCGCCGCCGUCGCCGCUGCUGCUGCUAGGCAAAUUGCAAAUGAAGGGCUUUGCUCGACAAAACAAGACGUUCCCGUCUCAGAUAGAAGGCAAUGGUCCUCUUGA